GUCACCUGGUGUUUCUUUAGUUGGUUCAUUUAAUUUCUUAGGUUGCUUAUUUUAGCAAUACUUUGGAUAGUGAUUGUUUUGUCAAAUUUAUUUUUGUAACAAUUAGACCUAAUUACAAUUUGCUUUAAAAAAAUGGAACAAAAAAGAAAAGAAGAAGAUAUUCCAGGUGAAGAAGGCAACUUAUUAGAACAGCCAAAGGAAGAUACGAUAGCACCUCGAAAUCCUUUUAUGAAAGUGCGCACCUAUGUUUUGGCGCUGAGACCGUGGUCUCUAAGUGCAAGCUUGUUACCGACACUUCUUGGAGCAGCACUCUCUUACCGGCUACCGGGCGACAAUGGUUUCAGUUGGUGGACUCUCUUGCUAACAUUGUGCACAAUACUUCCGGUUCACGGCGCCGGUAAUGUCGUCAACACGUAUUUCGAUUUUGUUAAAGGAAUCGACAACCGCAAGUCCGAUGACAGAACUUUAGUAGAUCAUAUUUUGAGUAUUGAUGAAGUGGUAUCCCUUGGUGCAAUACUAUACCUAGCUGGAUGUGCAUUUUUUGUUCCGUUGGUAAUUUCAUCACCUGCCCGUAUGGAGCAUCUAGCUUUAGUUUAUUUUGGGGGUUUAUCAUCCUCCUUUCUAUAUACUGGUGGUAUAGGUUUGAAAUAUAUAGCUCUGGGGGAUAUAUUAGUUUUAGUAACAUUUGGUCCAGUGUCUGUAGUAUUCGCUUUUCUGGCCCAGACGGGACGAGUUGAUUGGCCCAUAAUGGCUUAUGCGAUACCGUUAGCCUUAAACACAGAGGCAAUAUUACAUAGUAAUAAUACGAGGGAUUUAGAAAUAGACUGUAAAGCUGAAAUAGUAACACUGGCUAUACUAAUUGGAAGAACAGCAUCUUAUCUAUUGUUUGCAUUUUUAUUAUUUAUUCCAUAUAUAAUGUUUGUGGUUGCUUCUGUCCGUUGUUCAUUAUGGUUCUUGUUGCCAAUGCUUACAUUACCAAGAGCUUUUGAAAUAGAAAGAAGAUUUAGAAGUCCAGAUGCUAUGAGGUAUGUGCCAAGACAAACAGCUAGGUUAAACUUUUAUUUUGGUAUGCUAUACAUGAUCUCAUGUUUGUUUGCUAAUAAGCUGCCAUUUCUUUUACGAUAGAUAAAAGAUAGGUGGACACUAAAUUUAUUGUCUGGUACCAAAUAUAUUUAUAAAUCUAAUAAUAAAGUUAUUUGUUAAAGAAUUUAAUUUUGUGAACAAAUAAAAUCAUUAUAAUGUAAUGUUAUGAAUCUUAUUGAGUUAAAUAUAUUUCCAUUUUUAAAUUCACUAAUUAUAGUUCCAAUAAAAUCACUAAAUUAUUACAAUGUUAAUAGGAAUAAGAUCAUUUGAUACCACAAGCUACUUAAUGCCUUAAAAAUUUAGUGACCAAUUGCAAUAUAAGAUUUCUUUGAGUACCCAAUUGAUUAUAAUUAUAAUCUUUAGUCCUAAAUGACAGACAAACUUCACACAAAUUUGUAUAAUAUAAUUUUUUUUAAUGUCGAGAGUUAUGUCUUUGCCUUGUAUGUUGUAAUUUCUCCUUCCAGUGUAAAGAAUAUUGUUACUAGAAAUAAUGUUGGUAAUAGUUUCCCGCUAUGUUAAUUUUAUUCAUGAUUGUAGACUGAUAAACAUACCUUAUGCCAUACAUAUGCAAAUCUAAAUGAAUGAAUGGAGAGAUUUAGUUAUUAGAUUCUAGAAUUAUUUACGUGAAGGUGAUAUAAUAUCUUCUUAUUUCUUUGAAUCUCUUGUAACAUAUUCAUAAUCUUACAAAUAUUCCUAUCUACAAAGUGUUGUGUGUUAAAGCUUUAUUAAUGUUAUUGUAUUAGAAAUUAUGCAAUCUUCUUUAUCAUAUUGAAUAUAGUUAAGUGUUAAUGUGAAUUGGACAAUAAUUUAUUGCUAAAAAUUAAGAAAAAAAAUAUAAUUAUUUACAAUUUUCAUA